AUGAAAAAGCUUAUAUUCUUCCCAAAACCAUCUCAAAUAGUAACAUUGCUGCCUAUUCCUUUUCGAAAAAAUUACAGCGAUGUUCAGAGCAUCAUACACUGCUUAGAGAUUCAAAUUGAAAAACCCGCUAAUGCAGUUAAACAAGCUCUUAAUUGGUCUGAGAACAAACCAUGCAACACUUUUAAAUAUUUGAUAUCCAUUACUCCAGAAGGGAGAAUAAAUUUUAUUUCAGAUGGAUAUGGUGGACGACAAUCUGACUCGGUUAUAUUUGAAGACUGUGGCAUUUUGGAAUUAUUGCCUAAAAAUGCAGCAGUUAUGGCUGACCGUGGUUUCAAAAAUGUGGCACAUCUCAUUAGUGAGAAAGAUUGUACUUUUGUUAAACCACCUAGUGUGAAUUCGAAAACUACUCCAGCAAAGGAGGAGGUUCUAGAAACGAAAAAAAUUUCUGCUCUACGAAUACAUGUUGAAAUGUCUAUUGGUAGAUGA